UUUUUGAUGGAGCUUCACUAUCUUCGCUCAUGUUUGGACAACGAACAAAUUCAUCGUCGUAAAGUGACUUAAGUGCGGUCUGACUGAUUCCAGUCACUCGCGCGAGUUCGUGAGGUUUUGCUGCCCAGUUGUCGGACUCCUGUUCCUCGCGUUCGCAGCUGGUUUACUAUUCGAUUGUUUCGCGUCGUCGUCGAUCGCAACGGUAGUGAGCUGCGUCGCGACGAAAAGUUGGCGUCAAUUCAAAAAUCGCCACCACAUUCGAAUGGCGGGGCGUUUCGCGACCAGACGCGAUAGGGGUGUAUUUUCUACUACGGUCCGUCGUUUAGAGAGCCCGUUGCGGCGCUAGCGGGUCCCGAAAAUCGGCAAAAGUAUCGCGAAAGUACAUGUGCUCGCCCGCGAUUGAGCAAGGAUUUGCACACAACUCACGUGUUUACAUGUCAGGGAUUUGUUGUUAUGUUCUUGUUCAUGUUUAUGCGAUUUUUCUCGUAAACGAAUAGCGCACGGCCGAUUCAUGGACCGCAGUGUGUUCUUUCUUGUUAUUGUUGUGUCUCCUCGAUACAAGUAACAAACAAAAAUACCCCCCGUCGAGUGGCAUGUAAUUUUUCUUGCAAACAAGGACGACUGUUUUCGGAAGUCCAGUGGUGGUAAGUGCCAUGGAUUCUCGACUCGGUCUAGAUUUCAUUGUCGAAAAUCCGGAGUACAUCGGAAAACUCGCAGCUGCCUUAGAUUCCGGCAAUGUCACUGUUAAAAAACAAGUAAUCGAACUACUUUCAGCUCUUUGUGUCCAUAAUCAAGAAGGACACGCUAGGGCUUUGGAUACUUUGGACUACUGCCGAAAAUCUAAAGGCGAAAGGUACCGUUUCAGUUUUAUCGUGAAAGAAUUAGACCGAACAACAGCUGUAGAUUACCAGACAGCUCUGGUCGCUUUUAUCAACUGCCUUAUCAUUUCCACUCCGAGGGUUGUUGACAGAACCAGGCUCAGGAACGAAUUCAUAGGAUGUCACUUACUUCCGGUGCUAGGCCACUUACGAAAAUGUGCUGAGGCCGAACCAGAGUUGGCGGUACAAUUAGAUGUUUUUGAUGAGCAACGAGAAAGUGAUGAUGCAAAUUUACAAGGUCCCCAUGGGGUUGACCUUAGCUCACCCUUAGACGUGUUCUAUGCUAUUUUAAAACAGGUCGCCGAUACUCCGCAAGAAAUCCCAUUCCUAAGCAUUUUACAACAUUUAUUACGAAUAGAUCCGAAAGAAGCGAUAAGUGACAUCGUAUGGGAUACUGCAGAAAGAUUAGUACACAGAGCAACAUUGCUGGAGAACAGGGAAGACGCUUCGCGACUCCUCAGAGCUCCUAGUAUAGCAGCAAAACUCUUCUGCCCUUGUCAGCAUCGCUCAGAAGGAAAUCAAAGUAGAAGACAAUCACUAAAUACGAUGCCCCUAAGUCCACCCCCAGGGCCUCAUCCGCCCCCAAAUCUCACUCCGAGUCAACCGCCACCUCCACCACCGCCCCCAAAUAUACCACCCCCUCCCAGCGCACCACCUCCUGCUCCCAUGCCGCCACCGCCAAUGCAAAAAAUAAAUACCUCAGCAGCAUCAAAAGCUAAUGAAAACGAAAAGAUAGUAGAGAAAUUGCCUCAACAGGAAACUCCUCAACCAAAAAUUAAAAUGAAAACGAUCAAUUGGAAUAAAAUCCCUAGUCAUAAAGUAGUAGGUAAACAAAAUAUUUGGACACAGUUGGCUUACAAUCACCAACAUUCACCACUUCAUGAUAUGGAUUGGUCAGAAAUGGAAGGACUAUUUUGUCAACCAGGUCCACCGUCUUCGGCAAAUUCUUCUCCGAAAUUAGGAAAUCGUGAUGGUAGUUCUGACACUCUUGAAAGACGAAUGAGAAAAGACAACUCCGAAAUAACUCUUCUUGAUGGUAAAAGAAGUUUAAAUGUUAACAUUUUUCUAAAACAGUUCAGAAGCUCCAACGAGGAUAUUGUACAGCUCAUAAAGAAUGGAGAACAUGACGAUAUAGGGGCUGAAAAACUGAAAGGACUUCUUAAAAUUCUUCCAGAAGUUGACGAACUGGAUAUGCUGAAAUCUUUUACUGGAGAUUAUAAUAAACUGGGGAAUGCCGAAAAGUUCUUAAUGCAACUUACUAGUCUUUCCAAUUACAAGUUGCGCAUUGAAAGUAUGCUUCUCAAAGAGGAAUUUGCUUCGAACAUGAAUUAUUUGGAACCCAGCAUAAGGUCCAUGAAAGCCGCAGCGGAAGAUCUUAUGACAAACAAGCCAUUACAAGAAGUGCUCUAUAUGAUCCUCGUAGCGGGAAAUUUCUUAAAUUCGGGUGGAUAUGCAGGUGAUGCAGCUGGGGUAAAAUUGUCUUCGCUCCAGAAAAUAACAGACAUACGGGCCAAUAAACCAAAUAUGAAUUUGAUACAUUUUGUUGCAAUGCAAGCUGAGAAACGUAACAAGAAUUUAUUAUCUUUUACCGAUAACAUUGGCAUUUUGGAAGAGGCAGCUAAGAACACGGUAGAACAGCUCCAUAAUGAAAUAAAUGCUCUUGACAUCCGAAUAAAAAAAAUUACAAAACAAAUUGAAACGCCAACAACAGAACCUGAAAUACAGCUUCAAAUGAUAGAAUUUUUAGAGAUGGCAGAAAGGGAAGUUGCAAAUCUUCAACGGAACAUGUGCAAUCUUGAGAACGUACGACAAAAAUUAGCAGACUUCUUUUGCGAAGACGUCAACUCGUUCAAACUGGAAGAAUGCUUUCGAAUAUUCCACAAUUUUUAUACAAAAUUCAAACAAGCAGUCUUCGAAAAUGCAAGAAGAAAGGCCCAGGAAGAACAAGCAAACGCCAGAAGAAGACAACGAGAAGAACUGAUAGCCAACAAACGAAGACAAAUGGGCAAUUUGGUUGGAACUCCGGACUCGGAAGGAACGUUUGAUACUCAGAUAUACGAUCCCAGAAGCGGUUUCGCAAUUCGAAAGGGAUGGCGAGUUCCAAGCAACAGCAACUUAGCGUCCGAAGACGAACUGUCUAUAGCAGGUUCGCCACUGGUUACAAGGAGACGAUUAGGUUCAUUCAGUGGACAAAAUAACGGUGAUUCCACCCCAUCUGCCACUGGAAAGGACGAAAAAUCACCUGAUAUAACUCCAAAUGGUAGUUUAAGACGACGUAGAAGCAGAGUUCUUUCUGAAGAAGAUGAGGGCAACUUGAUGGAAUUCUUAAGAAGCUCGGGUCAAGAUAACAACCGCGAAAGAAAAUCAUGGGGCAGUUUAGAUCGAUCGUGGGCAAGAAGAGCGAGGGGAAGUGGUCCACGUAAAAGACCAAACCUUUUGGGGGCAGAUUUUUCGAAUGAAAGAGAACGUCCUUCGUCACCUUCUCCUUUGGCUGAAACAAAACCUGUUUUACCAAGUACUGAAGAGGGUACAAAACCGAAAGAAUGGCGACAAAAAAUCGAAUCAUGGCUACAAGCUAACGAAAACGACAACGAAGAAGCUCGAAAACAAAAUAGAAGAAUUACUAACAGAAGAUCGCUUGAAAUGGAUUCAGAAAGCGAACGAAGUAGUAAUUUGGAGACUCUACCAGAAGGAAAGCAAGUGUACACGGGAGGCCAAUCGAUCUAUCGUAGAGUAUAUCCAGAUUGGACACCUUCCAGUACCUUCGAGAAAACUGACGUUGUUGGUGCAAUAGAAACUGUUGAAGAUGCACAACCAACGAUGAAGGACAAAUCAGCGUGGCGUAAAUCCAAUCUUAACGUAGCUAACAGUAUGGAACCAACUAAGGAAGACAGGCAUCGUAUAGUUGUUCCUCGAAUAUCUCAGUCAGAACCUGAUCCAAAUACAGAAGAAGACAGCAGAAAGAGUUUAAUCAGUUCUUUAGGUGUUCGCCCUGCUUCUGAUAAGUUAACACUCUACAUACGUAAACCUAGCGAUCCUGCGGUAAUGCCUGAACCCAACACAAAUCUCAAUAAUAUUCCUCAUGCCAUAUCCAACUCCCAACAAAGUUUAGAAUCUCAAAGUACUAACAAAGUAGAUAUAGAUCAAGAUAACAUAGAAACUCCUCCAAUGACUAGGAAAAUUUUCACACCGACACCUGUUGACAAAAGGGAACCUCAAGCCCAAUCUCCAUGCAGGAGGUUUCUGGUACGCUCAUCAAAAGAAUCCUUGGGUAGUCCUGAAGAGCCGGAGAACAAUACUUCAUUGGGUGAUGGUCAGUUUGAUCGAUUUUCUGCAACGAGGCGCACUAGAAGAUACAAAAGAAAUCCAGAAAAUAACGAAGCAGCUUCCCCAGAACUAAUGGCUGAAACUGAGAUAUUGAAAACCAAUGCCAUGCAAGCUGAAACAUCAACUCUACUUAUAGAACCUGAGUUAGAUAGAGAAUCGAGACUAAAAGCUUGGCAGGACCGACUCAAAACCCAAAGUGAAAAUCAAUCUGAGACCAAACAUGCUUCUAAUAAGCGUAACAGAAAUCAGACACUAAUUAACGAGAAAGACGUACUCCUAGCGUUAAAAUCAAAAGGAAGCGACGAAAACGUUAAAGAAAGUGACAAAAAUCGUAGCUUUAAACUUAAAUCGGACGCUUUAUCGUCGAGCAAGAUAGAUAUUCCUAUAAGAAAGUGUAAAGAACACGACCACGAUGAAGGUUUUGAAGAAUCUCAAAGUCUAAUGUCCGAAUCUCCAAGUCAAGGUGCCUCAUCUGGUGGUGGUAAUUACGAACCAGAUAUCGUUGAUUCUUCGAGGAUAAUAAUCUCAGAAUAUAAUCCAACUCCAAUCCGUCCAGUACCUCAGACACCCUCCACAACUUCUCCGUCUCACGCUAAAACCUCCAAAAGACCCGUAACAAUUUCUGGAAAAACCACAACGAAUCCUAGGACGUCAUUGUCUUCAUCGUCAUCAUCAACCCAAAAUCCACCUCGUAAUUUCCAAAGGUCGAACUCUGUAAGGCAUACAAUUAACGAAACAUCAAAAAAGAGCGUGAUCCCAAGAAGAUCUGGAAGCGUAAGAAAAAUCGAAUCUAAAGACAAUAGCACCAAAAAGAAUAUAGAACGAUCGACUUCCAAAAAUAGUUUAGUUAGUUCAAGAAGUUCAUUGAACAGUGCUGCGUCUACAAAUACAGUUAAAAGGAUGCCUCUUAAGCCAAGCAAUAACAAUAGUGGUAAUGGUACAAUCAAUAAAGCAGCUUCCAGAAUGGUGAACGGAAUUAAACCAGGAAGCAGUGGUAAACAAAGUUCUGGAUCUGUUACAAGGCCACCAAAGGCUCAGCUGUCGUCUUUUAUGAAACCAACAGCGUCUAGUACUACAAAAUCAACAAAUCAGUCAUCAAAAACGCCUGGACGAUUAUUCCCUAGGUUUAAAAAUUAACAAAAAUAUUGUGUUAGUAUCGAUAUACUGUUUUAAUUCAUUUUAGUGUUUUCUCAUUUCAAUAUUUUUUGAUCAGUCAUUCUAAACGAUAGAUAAAUGUAUUCCUUUCCUUAUUAGUGGAAAGACAUAUUAAUACGUAAAACAUUUAAAAUCAUAGCAUAUUUAAGAUAGGUGCAAUAAUUUUUUUGCUAUAAUUUUAAGUAAACCCGUAUGACAUAUCUUAAAAUAUCGUAAAUAGCUCGAUUUUUUAUUACUUGUAAUAAUUUCUAUCACCUUUUGGGUAAGUAAUUCCAAAGUAUUACCACAUUUUCUCAUUGGUGCUCAGGAAGGUAUAAAGGUCAAAUAAAACCAAAAGUGUCCUCUUAUAGAAUAAAUAGAAGCUGAUACGCCAUCAGUUAAAGUCGUCAUUAGACGUUAUUACCAAAUUUCUACUUACAAUUAGUUUAAUACAGACUGUCAGUUGGGGGUGCAGAUAAUAAAACAAAUAUAUAUCAGUUUGCACCA